CAACACUCCGCGACUGAGUAUAAGAGCCGCCGUUGGUGGUGAGGGGCAGCAGUUCCCGGCACGCACAGAUCCGCCAUGACCCUCCGCGUUCUCGUCGCCGCCCUCGUGGCCGUCCUUAUUUCCGUGGCUAGUGCCAUGCCCCAGCCGGAGGCCGAGCCAGGCUUCCGCGGCGGCUUUGGCCACGGCGGCUUCAGCGGAGGCUUUGUUGGCGGCUUCGGCGGCUACGGAGGACACCGCGGCAAGAGGAGCGCCGAGGCUGAUCCUGAGCCAGGCUUCCGCGGCGGCUUUGGCCACGGCGGUUUUGGACAUGGCGGCUUUGGCGGUGGUUUUGGCGGCGGCUUUGGAGGCUACGGAGGAUACCGCGGCAAGAGGAACGCCGAGGCUGACCCUGAGCCAGGCUUCCGCGGAGGCUUCGGCCAUGGCGGCUGCUGCGGUGGCUUUGGUGGCGGCUUUGGCGGCGGCUUCGGCGGCUACCGCGGCAAGAGGAGCGCUGAUCCUGAGCCAGGUUUCCGCGGCGGAUUUGGUGGCUUCCAUGGAGGCUUCGGUGGGUAUGGAGGAGGGUUCGGCGGCUUUGGUUACGGCAAGUGAAGGGAACUGUCCCGCGACAGCUGAGGCUGAGAUGUGUAGGUAUUAGUGACGAAAUAAACUGUGCACAGAACAA